CAGCAGCAUCCUACUCUGGUUUUAAAGACGAAAGAGUUGUUUUCUUCUAAAGCAGAAUCACUCAAGCGGGAAGUUAUCACACAGGUGUAUCGCAGCAUCUCAAAGCUUCAUUUGGAAUAGCUUUUAUGAUAGCAAAGCAAAAGAAACCUCAUACUAUAAUUCUAGGAGAAGAUGCAGAGCAAAAAAUUAAGUCUAUUUCUUUUUCGAAUAAUACAGUCAAGCGUAGAAUCGAUGAAAUUGCAGCAGACAUAAAGUCACAAAUAAUUAACAAAGUAAAAUGAUCGCCACUUUUUGUCAUUAGUUGCGAUGAAUCCACCGAUAUCGUUAAUUGUGCAC